UUUCUCUUUGCUUUCCGUCGGUGCGAAGGGACUCUCCUCCCAACGCGCGAGACAAACCGGAAAUCGGAUUUUCUUUUUUUCCUCCGCUAUUAAUUUCUCGCGUUCUCUCAUUCGAUUUCGAAUUCGCCGCGGAACGAGGUCGGGUUUUUCGUUCCGCUCGCUCGAGAAUCAUGGAGAUUUCUCCGGUUCCGAUCAGCACGUGCUCCAAAGAGAAUCAGCAAAUCUACCAGGAAUGGUUCGACUGCGCUGAUACAGAUGGGGAUGGGCGCAUCACGGGGAGCGAUGCCAUUAAGUUCUUCGCCUUGUCCAAUUUGCCUCGACCGGACCUCAAGCAGGUGUGGGCAAUUGCAGAUUCCAAGCGACAGGGUUUUCUUGGCUUUGGGGAGUUCAUUACUGCAAUGCAGUUAGUGUCUCUUGCACAAGCUGGACAAUCAAUCACACAAGAUCUUUUAAGCAGUGAAAUUGACUUGGUAAAUUUGAGACCUCCUACAAUGACUGGUCUAGAUGCCUUACUAGCAAAGAAAAAGCGUUCGCCAAAGACAAACGAGUCCGAUUCUAAUGGCAGUUCUCACUCUCAACCAUCACCAGCUGCCGGUUGGUUUUCUUCGAAAUCAUCCAAAAAGAUAUCUCUUUCCUCGGUUACAUCCAUUGUUGAUGGCUUGAAGAAACUGUAUAUUCAGAAGCUGAAGCCAUUGGAAGUCACUUACCGCUUCAAUGACUUUGUGUCACCAUCAUUGACAAAUAGUGAUUUUGAUGCCAAACCAAUGGUAAUGCUUUUGGGUCAAUACUCCACUGGAAAAACAACUUUCAUCAAGCAUUUACUAAAAAGUAGUUAUCCAGGUAACUUAUCCUUCUUCUUUUCUGCCCUCCCUAUACUUGUACAAGAUUCUCUUGGUGUGCUCAUUGUCUAUUAUUGUUUUACAGGAGCUCAUAUUGGACCUGAACCAACAACUGAUAGGUUUGUGGUCGUAAUGUCCGGGCCGGAUGAAAGAAGCAUCCCCGGAAACACUGUUGCAGUCCAAGCAGACAUGCCAUUUAGUGGCCUGACAACAUUUGGAACUGCGUUUUUGUCAAAAUUUCAGUGUUCCCAAAUGCCUCAUCCCCUACUGGAGCACUUCACUUUUGUUGAUACUCCUGGAGUUUUGUCGGGUGAGAAGCAACGAACACAGCGUGCCUAUGAUUUUACAGGUGUAACUUCAUGGUUUGCUGCAAAGUGUGACCUCAUUUUGCUCCUAUUUGAUCCUCACAAGCUUGAUGUAAGCGAUGAAUUCAAGCGUGUGAUCUCUUCUCUACGUGGUCAUGACGACAAGAUUCGUGUGGUUUUGAACAAAGCUGACCAAGUGGAUACCCAACAACUGAUGAGAGUGUAUGGAGCGUUAAUGUGGUCUCUUGGUAAAGUCAUAAAUACUCCAGAAGUUAUGCGAGUCUACAUUGGCUCAUUUAAUGACAAACCUGUGAAUGAAGCUGCUACUGGUCCCAUUGGAAAAGAACUUUUUGAGAAAGAACAGGAGGACCUUUUAUCAGACCUAAAGGAUGUCCCAAAGAAGGCAUGUGAUCGUAGGAUUAAUGAAUUUGUGAAACGUGCUCGAGCUGCUAAGAUUCAUGCGUAUAUCAUCAGCCAUCUAAGAAAGGAGAUGCCUGCUAUGAUGGGCAAAGCUAAGACCCAACAGAGACUCAUUGAUAAUUUGGAAGACGAAUUUGCCAAGGUUCAGAGAGAGUUCCAUCUACCUCCAGGGGAUUUUCCAAAUGCGGAGCACUUUAGGGAGACAUUAAGUGGUUACAAUAUUGAUAAAUUCGAGAAGCUAAAGCCAAAAAUGAUACAAGCUGUGGAUGACAUGCUGGGUUAUGACAUCCCAGAUCUCUUGAAGAAUUUUAGAAAUCCUUACGAUUAGGGAUUUGUUACAACCAAGUACUUGAGCGAUUGUUCACAUUUAUGAACCCUACCUAUAGAAAUUUAUCGUGGCCCUGUAUGAUAUUAGUAUUCUUUGAGAAGCAUGCAACUGUCGAGGCAAAUUAUGUUCUUAUUAAAGCGGUUGGAAAUGAUUAUUUUGGUCCUCCCA